UCUCAGGCGGACACCGCAUUGUUCGUCUGGGUGGCAGAUUGUGCUUCACAGCCUCACAGCCACAGCCCUCUCGAUUCCAGCAAACACACUAGUCAAGUUCAGGUGACCGCUCGGUGCUCGCAUCCGAAACUACGGAGAUGGUCGUUACUGAGAUCCCCAAACAUUACACUGCUUCACCGUCCUCUCAUGUCGGGACACCUCAUUUGACUAUCAAUCGAGAGGCUACUGUCGAUCUCGAUUCCAGCAAUGCCUUUGAAGGACCCGAAAAGCUGCUAGAGGUAUGGUUCAGCUCCUCUCCCACCGACCUCCCAGGUGCUGCGGGACCUUUAGGUCUGAAAGGGGUUCCCGCAGACACCUGGAAACAGAUGCUGGACUUGGUCAACUGCAAAGUCCUGUCUAUCGUUGAGUCUGAACAUGUUGAUGCCUAUUUGCUCUCCGAAUCCAGCAUGUUCGUCUGGCCACAUAAACUCGUCCUUAAGACUUGUGGCACCACCACCCUCCUCUGGGGCCUUCCACGUAUGCUGGAGAUUGCUGCGCUUGAUGCGGGAUUCCCUCAUGUCACUGCUCAACCUACUAGAGGAAUCGCGGCUGCGGCUACUCCGUACCGUGUCUUCUACAGCCGGAAGAACUUCCUUUACCCAGACCAGCAGCGUGGACCCCACCGAAGCUGGCGCGACGAGGUUAGAUUCUUGGACCAGAGGUUCCAGGGUGGUAGUGCAUACAUGAUUGGCAAGAUGAACGGAGAACAUUGGUACCUAUAUAUCACCGGUCCGGACACCAAACUCACGCCACCUUCUACUCCGGAUCGAGAAUAUAUGGACAUCCCAGGAACAGAGACCAAGAUUAUCGACCAUCCUCAGCGGUUGUUAUCUGCGAAAGGAGAUGAGACGCAAGACGAGACUCUGGAAGUUCUCAUGACCGAUCUCGAUGAGCAGAAUGCACGUCAAUUCUAUCUCGAGGACGCGAGUGCGGUCGCGGAAGGUCGGUUCUUCCAGAAGGCUCGUGAUGCGCGUAAGAAUGCAAUCAACAGUCUGGGUGUAAUCCCUGAAGAGAAAGGUUCAACUGGAAGUCUUGGAGGCAGCACUCUACCCAACACUCGCGCCCACUCCGAGGACAGCUUUGAUGUAUUUGAGCAAACAUCUUCGGAUCACUCUGGAUUUAGCUCGGAUGAUGACGACCUGACUUUUCCCGAGGAGCUUACGACUGAAGGUCAUACGCUCGGCACCGUUGUCUCCGAAACCUGCGGUCUAGCUGACGUCUACCCGACUGCCAAGUAUCCGGAUGCUCGCAUCGACGCAUACCUUUUCACUCCCUGUGGAUUCUCUGCCAACGGUGUUAUUCCUGCUCCCGGUGGGACUGUCAACACCAAUGGCAAAGGCUCUGAUGGAUCCAACGCCACUCACUAUUUCACCGUCCACGUCACUCCUGAACCACAGUGCAGCUAUGCCAGCUUCGAAACCAACGUCCCAGCGCGGCAGAGCGGCCGUGAGACGGCAGAAGUUGUCGAGCAUGUUGUCGAUAUCUUCAAGCCUGGUCGCUUCAGCGUCACCAUCUUCGAAACCAAGCCAGCUGAUGAGGCUCACUACCAGGACACUGUAAAGAGGACGAGCAGGAUGGAUUGCAUCAAGGGAUAUCGUCGUGUCGAUCGCAUCGUCCAUGACUUGGAUGGCUAUGAUCUGGUUUUUAGGUAUUAUGAGAGGGAUGACUGGAAGGGUGGCAAGCCACGGCUUGGCGAGAUGGAUUAUUAGAGGGACAUCUUGCAGCAAAGGGGUUGAAGUGGUCUAAAUUGCGGGUACACACGGGCUAAUUUCCUGGUUCAAUAUUGCUUUCCCUUUUCCUUGUCCAACUCAUACACUCCUUACUGUUGUUUAUUAUUCAUAUCACGGCCUUCACAAUGACUCUAGCCUGUUGCGCAUACAGCGAAUAAGCUUCAUUUCUCAUAUCAACUGCAGUCUUU